AUGACUACCGUAACGAACCCAGAUGACGACUGGUAUAUUCCAAAUAGUGACGAUGAGUCUUUAGAAACUAUUGAAUUAACCAAAGAACAAAUUUUACAGUAUAUUUUGGAACUGAACGAAACGGGAACGUUGGCACUCGAAUGGAAGUGCCCUGGUCGAAGACCAUUAACGCCCCCGUCCAUUAAGUCAGCUCUUCCAGAGAAGGAGUCGCCUAAUUUUUCGACAGAUCCUGCUCGAUUGAAUACAGGCAACACCAGUUUGAAAACGCACGCACCCCCUAUGUCAAGUAGAAAUGGAAAAGGUGGAACAAUGCCAAACGACUAUGAUUUCUCCGAUAUAUCAGAAGGCGGAGAUUCAGGGGCGGCAGUAUCAAUAGGAGCUGGAGCUAACAUGCACAAGAAGUUUGGGUCCAUCUCAGCAGCUGGGAACAGGAAACACAAACUGAAGAGCACGGACAGUUCGGGUAGUUCCUCUUCUGCAGUGACUUUGGAUAAAGUGAUGAGUGAUCUAAUGCGACAGGAGAGGGAGGACAAACGCAAUAUUGACCAGGACAGAAUUGCGAAAGGUCUGCCAACUUUAUCAGAAGAGGAGGAGGAACUGAAACGGAAGAGAGAAGACAGAGAAGAAGCCUUCCGCCAAGUGGCCAACAGUGUAGUCUCAGUGGCCACUUUGAGACAGAACACCAACAACCCAAAACAAGAGAGGCAGAAGAAACUCUCGCCCGAUGGUGGAGGAGGGGGAGGUGAUCAUAGGCAGCAGAGCCACAGUCAGCAGAACUCAUUUUCUGCAUACUCUAUCGCAAGUUUGAGCGCUAAUGAUGAUCGCAAUAAGUAUUCAGAGUCAUCAGUAAAGCAGAUGGUGCCCAAUGACAGUUUCAGCAUGGCAAUGGGUGCACUGGGCGGAGGAGUAGGAGGGAAUGGGGCUGCUGCAGCUGCAGUAACAAGUGCAAUGACACCUCAAACUAUGGCCCAAAUACAAGAGAGCCUUCAGCAUCAAUUGAUGCCCAACAGUUUUGUAUCGGCUCUGGACAAUCUUCCUACAUCUCUAUUUCCUACUUCAUCUCUGAGUCAAAAUGAACUGGCAGCCGCACUCCAGACAUCAAAUCUGUUGCCAGGAGGCGCAAGCAAUCAACAAACUCCUACUUGUAACUCACAAGGAAUGCUGUUCACUUCUAAUCACCAAGUUAACAGCCAAUUGGGAACAUCAGUAGCUGCUUUGAGUAGUCAGUUGCAAAAUCAGACUCAUUUUUUCAACGAAAACGAAGCAACCACUAUGUUGUCGAAUGCGUUGUCGGCUGUUGCCCCUCACGAUUUGCUGGGUCUAUCCAACUUCCCAUCCGAUUUGGCUAGUUUUGAUCGAGGAGACGGGCCUAACUGGAAUUAGAUUAAAGUUGACAAUAUGUAUUUUCAUGUCUUAGAGUAGUUCUUUUUGUCUGAUAUGUAUUUUCUAAAAGUUUUUUACGUUGGCAUGUUCUUUGUUUUAACACAAAAAUUAUUAUUUUAAAUUUCUCGA